AUGACGCUGAAGAACGACACGCUGACCUAUGAUUACAGCGCCCGCGUCGUCGACACAAUCAUUUCCUAUCUGGUCUUUAGCGAAGAAGAGGUCCUUGCCAACGCCGACAAGGACAAAGAUAGUGACGACGACGUGGCCAUCGCGAUCACCAAAAAGGCCGCCAAGCAUUCCAACGAGAAGACAAACGCCUUGAAGCUGUUCGUCAAGAAUGAGAACGAUACUGAUUGGUACCAGGUCAUCAUCAAGAACAUCAUGCGGUUCGAGCUUGGGAUGGACCACGUAUCGAUCGGCAUAUCGUUCAGUCAAACAGCGGCCGCCAUCCAUCACGCCAGGGAUAUAUCGGACAUGAUUGGCGACGUGUCCGUGCAGGUCUUCUCGCUCGCGUUCGACGCAAGCACUCACCGCGAUCAGUCGUUAUUCGAUUUUCGCGUGCGGAUCUGCUACAAGGGUCUGCUCUGCAUCAUCCACCUGGUCGGCCUCCCGAUGUUUGACUGUCACAUGGCGGAGAUCAUUUACAACAUGGUCGUCGAGUUUUUUGACGCGCUAUACCCAGACUGA